CAUAUGACUAUUGACUUCACCCAUCACGUCUUGCUACGUUAUUGAUUUGUGUCUUGGUCUCGAUUCUCGCUACACAUAGUUUUUGUGAUCAUCAGAAUUCCGUUAUGGCGAGUCAGACACAGGGAAUCCAGCAACUGCUAGCUGCUGAAAAGCGCGCUGCGGAAAAAGUCUCAGAGGCGAGAAAACGAAAGGCAAAACGCCUAAAGCAGGCGAAGGAAGAGGCUCAAGAUGAAAUUGAGAAGUACAGACAGGAGCGAGAGAGACAAUUCAAAGAGUUUGAAGCCAAGCACAUGGGCACAAGGGAAGGUGUUGCAGCCAAGAUCGAUGCUGAGACCAGGGUGAAGAUUGACGAAAUGAACAAAAUGGUUCAGACACAGCAAGAGGCAGUGAUCACGGAUAUUCUCAACUUGGUGUACGACAUUAAACCAGAGCUGCACGUCAACUACCGCUUAAAUUAAGCGAAAUUUAUGGUUACGCAUAAAUAAUACUAUAUCGCGUUUAAAUCUUUGCGAACCCAAUUAUAGUUAUUACUGUUAUAUUUAUUCUGUUUAUAAUCUCUAGCCACUUUGCUUAGAGCCAUAUAAAAUGGCAGUUUGACAGUUAGAGUGCGUUAAUUGCAUGCAGGUUUAAUUAUUAUGGAUGCCAUUUGCUGUAUAUAAAUAUUAGCUUGAAUUGCCAUUUUUAAUAAUAUUAAUCAAUGUUAUCCAAACGAAAUCAGCUCGAUAUCAUUCCAAGAAAAAACGUGGGGAUCCGUUCAAGAACACAAAAAAAAAAACUUAUAUUAUAAAAUUGUAUGUUAUUCAAUGUUAUAUGUUGAAUAGAAAUAUAUGGAGUUUUAAAAAGAAGAUUUGAAAUGUUUUUAUUUUUUUUCUUGUUAUGAAUAGUCUCAUUGUCUGUGUACAGUAUUAGAGGAAAUAUAUAACUAAUGUAAUA